GCUUACGUAACCUUCGACGGAGGAGUCCAUAAAACUCAUAAUCUCUUUUUCUCAAUAGAACAACGAACAGCUCUUAUAUUUUUUUAACAAUAAUUCUUCAGAGCUGUUCAAGUUCGAAAAACAUAUUUUAUUAGAGAAGACAACAAAAAGAAUUAGAAAUUGUAAGGAAAAACACAAAAUAGAAAUAUGUCGUACGGAUACGACGAUGAUUCCAAGAGGAAGAGGAGGUUUGUUGCAAUCACAAUCUCUUCUGUUCUUUUGAUCUCGAUGGUAGUCGCCGUUACCAUCGGGGUCAGCCUUAACAAGAACGAUGCUGACUCAGAAGAUAAAGGAGAGAUAACUGCUUCUGUCAAAGCCGUCAAGGAUGUUUGUGCACCAACUGAUUACAGGAAGACUUGUGAAGACACUUUGAUUCAGAACGGGCAGAACACCACCGACCCGAUGGAGUUGGUUAAAACUGCUUUUAGUGCUACGAUGAAGCAGAUCACAGACGUAGCUAAGAAGUCUCAGACUAUGAUGGAGCUUCAGAAGGAUCCGAGGACAAGGAUGGCGCUUGAUCAGUGCACAGAGCUAAUGGAUUACGCGUUGGGCGAGCUUAGUAGCUCUUUUGAAGAGCUUGGGAAAUUUGAGUUCCACAAGCUUGACGAAGCUUUGAUCAAUCUGAGGAUUUGGCUCAGCGCGGCCAUCAGCCAUGAGGAGACUUGUCUCGAAGGGUUUCAAGGGACGCAAGGCAACGCUGGAGAGACGAUGAAGAAAGCAUUGAAGACCGCAAUCGAGUUGACUCACAACGGGCUAGCGAUCAUUAGCGAAAUGUCCAACUUCGUGGGCCAAAUGCAGAUCCCAGGUCUUAACAGCCGCCGACUCUUGGCCGAAGGAUUCCCUUCGUGGGUAGACCAGCGGGGCCGUAGGCUUUUGCAAGCUGCUGCCGCAUAUUCUGAUGUGAAGCCUGAUAUCGUGGUGGCUCAGGACGGGAGUGGGCAAUACACAACGAUCAACGACGCAUUGAUGUUUGUCCCGAAGAAGAAGAACACUACUUUCGUGGUUCACAUUAAGGCUGGAAUCUACAAGGAGUAUGUUCAGGUCAACAAGAGCAUGACACAUCUCGUGUUCAUCGGUGAUGGUCCCGAAAAAACCAUCAUUUCUGGCAACAAGAGUUACAAGGAUGGUAUCACCACCUAUCGUACUGCCACAGUUGCGAUUGUUGGAGACUACUUCAUUGCCAAGAAUAUAGGGUUUGAAAACACCGCUGGGGCAAUAAAACAUCAAGCGGUUGCGCUUAGGGUUCAAUCAGAUGAGGCAAUAUUUUUCAAUUGUAGAUUCGAUGGCUACCAAGACACGCUCUACACUCACUCCCACCGUCAGUUUUUCCGUGAUUGUACCAUCUCAGGCACUAUUGAUUUCCUCUUUGGAGAUGCAGCAGCUGUAUUCCAAAAUUGUACUUUGUUAGUGAGGAAGCCACUCCCAAACCAAGCAUGCCCGAUCACAGCCCAUGGUCGUAAAGACCCAAGGGAAUCCACCGGAUUUGUGUUCCAAGGGUGUACCAUUGCCGGUGAGCCAGAUUACUUGGCUGUCAAAGAAACCAGCAAAGCAUAUCUCGGACGGCCAUGGAAGGAGUAUUCAAGGACUAUUAUCAUGAACACGUUCAUUCCAGAUUUUGUCCAGCCUCAAGGAUGGCAACCAUGGCAAGGGGACUUCGGCCUCAAGACAUUGUUCUACUCUGAAGUCCAAAAUACAGGACCAGGAGCUACUGUUGCAAAUCGGGUUACUUGGGCCGGAAUCAAGACAUUGAGCGACGAAGAUAUCCUUAAGUUCACACCGGCUCAGUACAUCCAAGGUGAUACUUGGGUUCCGGGCAAAGGUGUUCCGUACACUUCAGGCCUUUUGGCUGGAAAUCCAGCAGCCGCAACCACCGUCCCGAGUGGCUCACCUGCUCCUGGUUUCUCCUCCUUCGCAGAUACAAGUGGUGCUGGCUCGAUUUCUCCAACAGAUUCUCCAGCAGCUUCUCCCAAAAGUUCAAUGAAAAUGGUUUCAACAGAGAGGUCUCCAGCAGCUUCUCCAGCAACUUCUUCUGAAAGUUCAGUUAAGAUGGUUUCAACUGAGAGGCAUGCCACUAGCUCCAUAUCUCCAACAGGUUCUCUAGCAACUUCUCCCGAAAGUUCAAUUAGGAUGGCUUCAACAGAGCAUCCUGGCGCUGGCUAUAUUACACCAACAACAUCUCCAGCAGCUUCCCCUGAAAGUUCAUUUAUGAUGGCUUCAAUAGAGAGCGCUAUUUCGAUGGUUUCAAAGUCUACCUAAAAAAUUGUUUAAGAUACCAUAAAAUGUGUUUUUCCUUACUCUAAUUCAAGAAAACCUGAAAAGAUUAAAAAAAAAAAAGUUUAAUUGCACAACAUUCAGGGUUACAAGUCUUCCAAAUUGUUGAGAGAUUAAUGUUUAGCUUUGUAAACUCAUGUUUAAUAUAUUGCAGUAUAUUAAAAUGUUGUUUAUGAAUCUA